AUGUACCAAAUGAUACAAGAAGUCAAGACAAUCCUAACAUACACAAAUGCCACUCCAUACAAGUCCAAAGCGAACAGAUACUACUGCGCGUACUGCUCCACAGAAGGUCCUUUCUUCAAAGAGGCUGACGAGCUCAGAACUCACACGAGAACAGAGCACGUUAACGAUAGAACCCACAAAAUUGAAUAUGCACUAAGACCGCACUGGAUGAACGAAACCUUGAAACUAGAUAUUGAUAAUUUGUUAUGCAACGUAUGUUGUACGCCAUUGUCAACGUGGAAUGACAUGUUUAAACAUCUAAAAGUACAGCAUAAAAUUAUCUUAGAUCAAGCGUACACUCGGGUUAUACCAUACGUUCUGACAAAUGACUUACAUUGCGCGCUGUGUAAGGAAGGCUUCACUAAUUAUAUGCAGUUAGACGGGCAUAUGAACGCGCAUUACAAUAACUACGUUUGCGAGGACUGUGGUGAUACAUAUUUAGCUGCAAAUAGGUUGAAACAGCAUAAGAAGAUCCAUGAUAUCGGCAAAUAUCCGUGCGGUUUGUGUUCCAAAAUGUUUAGUUUAGAAAAGUACAGGAAAAAGCACGAAGAACUUGUUCACAAACACGCGACUAAGUUUAAAUGCUGGUACUGCGACGACCGUUUCUCUGGAGAAUAUUUAAGACACCUUCACAUUCUGGAGAAGCAUAAAGAGAAAGUUAAGAAUAUUACCUGUGAAGUGUGUGGCAAGACUUUUACAUGGCGGCCCUACUACGUCACACAUAUGCGCAGAAAACAUAUGGAGGAUCCCAAGAAGUUCAGUUGUCAAGAGUGUGAUAAAAAGUUCUUCCAACCGUUUGAGUUGAAGGAACAUAUGUUGCGACACACGGGGGAGAAACACUUUCCUUGUAAGCUAUGCAAUAAAAGGUUUAUUUCCUCAGGGUCUCUGAAACAUCAUUACUAUUGGCACAAGAAAAAAGAUGGCGUACAAUUUAUUAAUGUUAUUGAUUAG